CUCUGAAGUACUCCCUUUCUAACAACAAAUAUAUCAUUAAAAUCAGACACCGUGUUAAAAAAUUAUCGCUGAACAUACAUAAAAAAAAUAUAUUGCGACGAAUUGAGAACCUCCUCCUUUUUUGAAGUCGGUUAAAAAACGCUAAGAAUAAACUGUUUCAUGGAAUAUCUAUGUAGGAAGUCACAGUACAGAAGUAUUUAAAUUCGCUGCCCUUUAUGUCCACGGUUACUGACGAAUUGGAAAAAAGGUUUCAAUCAAAAAGAAAUAUUUCUAUAAAUGAAAUUCAUCACGAUUCAAGCUACGAUGCUCUGAAAACUCAUAAAAAUAUAUUAGAAAUUAUAAGGAUCAUAAAACAAAAAGUUAAUCCAUUUGAACCAGACCUAAAGGAGUUAAUUAAUAUUUAUUCUGGGUGCAUAAGUAAAUCAAGCAAUGUUUAUAAAGCUGAAGAAAUUGGAAUGGCCGCUAUAGUUAAGGCAAAUAAAGAAAAUGCGGAAAAAAUUGAAAUAGUAAAGUUAGAGCUGUUUGAUGAAAAAGAAAGAGCCAAAACCAAGAAAACAGUGAUAUCUAAGUUGUAUGAAAGUUAA